AUGUAUACCCUAUCUUGCUGGCUUACGGAACUUAUCGUUGUAGCCUUUGUAUACGCUUGUGGAGAGUGGGGUUACCUUCAACCAGAUAUUACUCGUAAUGUUAUAAAUAUAGUAGAUACGAACCAAGGCAGGUUUCUAGCGUUAUGCUCUCUAGAUUUCUCAAAGCCCCUGCUGUACUAUAAUAUCUUGCGCUACCGGACUUUCUCGGCAAGGACUAUAUUAUGCAAAAGUGACCCUAUUUCCGCUCCUCAAGAGUCUCAAAAUGCGAUAAAAUAA